AUGGCAUCGACAGCCGGCGAACGAGCACACAAGAAGCCGAGGUCCAGCGAGCACGGCCAAAGCUCACACGCCAGACCAGACGAGUCGUUCGGCGUCCAAUCGCUGCCCGUCGCCGAUCUGCCGCACGACUUCUCGGGCGAGCCUGCCGACGGAGAAGAGUACCUGGCCAUCGUGCGGCGAGAGGCAGCUGCUGCUCCCACCAUCUCUUUCGCCGCACACAACCCGUACGCUCAAGCUCUAUCCGCUGCCGAGGCAUUACCGCUAGGCACCAGCUCUCAACUGGAAGGCAGCACUGACGAAGCGCUGCUCAUGCCGUCGCACGAAUGGAGGUCGGUGUUCGAGACGCACUUCCGCAACGCACGCGAGGCGCUCAGCAAUCCUCCGACCGCGCCGGUCAAGCUGAGCAAGGACGACCUGCCCAAGAUCGGCAACAGCAGUGCAUGGUAUGCAUGGAUCCACGGGCGGCCACCACCAGCGACGUCGGCGGAAGAGGCGGCCAAGCAGGCGAGCAAGGCGCACGAGUGGCGCAUCCGCGAGCCCAGCGGUGCUCUUCUGCUGCGCCUCAGCACAGAACAGAUCCUGGGCCUGCUAGAGGCUUUUCCGUACUGGCUGGCGCAUCGCGUGCCCAUACCCGACAGCCACGGCGGCAGAGCAGACGAGGUCGUACAGGCACUGCAUGCAAGGUGGCUGUUUGCAUUGCUGCUGCGUCUCGACUCGCAGCUGGUGAGCGAGGAGAUCAGCACGCUGCGCACGCUCGCACGGGCCUGUGUGGCUGCCAUCACACUCUCGAGGAUCCGACGAAAGGCACUGCGAUCGCGCACCAAGCCGGACGAUUCCAUCGCCGACGACGACGAGGCAAGCAUGCGCCGCGACGAGGCGGGUGCCUGGAUGGUGGUCACCAUCGUAGCAUCCAUUUGGAGCCAGUCGGAUCUGUGGCACGAUGCCGCCGCCGACAUGCGCCGUGUCAGUUGA